UGGGAGGGAGCAGGAGGUGUCGCGAGAGUUGGUCUCACCGCCUCGUGGGCGGUGUAACCAUGGCGAGCUUGGGGAUCGAGGCAGAGCAAGAGCCACUCUUAGGCGACCGCACAGCCGGAAGCAGAGAAUGGGAUAUUAUAGAAACUGAAGAACAUUAUAAGAGCCGAUGGAUAUCUAUUAGGAUUCUAUAUCUUACCAUGUUUCUCAGCAGUGUAGGAAAUGUGGCAGUUAUUAGAUCAUAUAUUGCUGGUGCUACUUCCCUCCAGGAAAGAACAAGUUCCAUGGCAAACACUAGCGCAUGUCAAGCAUUAGGUUUUAUUCUAGGUCCAGUUUUUCAGACUUGUUUUGCUCUCAUUGGAGAAAAAGGCGUGACAUGGGAUACCAUUAAACUACAGAUAAACAUGUACACAGCACCAGUUUUACUUGGAGCGUUCCUGGGAGUUUUAAAUAUUAUUCUGAUCCUUAUUCUAUUAAGAGAACAUCGUGUGGAUGACUCAGGACGACAGUGUAAAAAUGUUAAUUUUGAAGAAGCAAGUACAGAUGAAGUUCAGGUUCCCCAAGGAAAUAUUGAUCAAGUUGCUGUUGUGGCCACCAAUGUUCUGUUUUUCGUGGUUCUAUUUAUCUUUGCCCUUUUUGAAACAAUCGUUACUCCAUUAACAAUGGAUAUGUAUGCCUGGACUAGAGAACAAGCUGUAUUAUAUGAUGGAAUAAUACUUGCUGCUCUUGGAGUUGAGGCGGUUAUUAUUUUCAUGGGGAUUAAAUUACUUUCCAAGAAGAUUGGCGAGCGUGCUAUUCUACUGGGAGGAUUCAUCGUUGUAUGGGUUGGCUUCUUUAUCUUGUUACCUUGGGGAAAUCAGUUUCCCAAAAUACAGUGGGAAGAUUUACAUAAUAAUUCAAUUCCUAAUACCACAUUUGGGGAAAUUAUUAUUACUCUUUGGAAAUCUCCAAGAGAAGAUCACAGUGAAGGACCAACUGGUUGCCCAGUUGAACAAGCCUGGUGCUUCUACACCCCCAUGAUCCAUCUGGCCCAGUUCCUCACAUCAGCUGUGCUAAUUGGAAUAGGCUAUCCGUCCUGUAAUGUUAUGUCCUAUACAUUAUAUUCAAAAAUUCUGGGACCAAAACCUCAGGGUGUGUACAUGGGCUGGUUAACAGCUUCUGGAAGCGCAGCACGGAUUCUUGGGCCUGUGUUCAUCAGCCAACUGUACACUUCCUUGGGCCCACGAUGGGCAUUCAGCCUUGUGUGUGGAAUAGUGGUACUUGCCAUCCUGCUCCUGGUUGUGGUUUACAAAAGACUUGUUGCUUUUUCUGUAAGGCAUGGAAGGAUUCAAGAGUAACAUAACUAACCCUGUGAUGGAAAGUACUUGUUGUAUAGGACCUCCUCUUUCAGGGCUCUGCUAGGUCAUUGCCAUGAGUCAGUUUCCAAAAGUCAGGCUGCUAAUAUUGUAUAUUUUGAAUAACAAGAACAUAUAUUGAAUAAUACAGGGAAUUGAAUGUGUAAUUGUGAAUAGUAAGAUAAUAUAAAAACACUCUGGUUCAUAAUUUCCUUAUUUCAAAAAAUAUUCUAUCAUAACAUCUCUUUUGGGGUUGCAUGAACUCAUGAGUGAAUGGAAAAUGGUUUAUAAAUAUGAAGUUGUACUCUUAACUCAGACUGCAGAGGUAUCAUUAAAAUAAUGAGAAAAUAUGCAGUGAAACCAUAAGGAAAGUUCUGUAUGAAUUACCUGUAACAAAAAAAAUGAAAUUAUAGAAAUUACCUAAAUAGAAGUACCUCUGUUUGAAGAUACCUGCUUUUUAUUUAUUAAAAAAUGCAGUUUCUAUUAUCAAAUUUCCUAUGAAAUAAAAAUCAUGACUCUUAAAUUUUCUAUUUACCAUAGCCUGCCGUUCUACCUGCCGUUCUAUAAGUCAUUAUCUUUAAUACUACACCUUUUGUCCUAUUUUAGUUCAGGAUCUCACUAAGUAACCCCUAAGUUAAUAGGUAAGCACAAAUAAUGCUAAUAUUUGAGCAAUAAAGAGGAUUAAGAGAUCAAGAUGAAUUACACUACCUUUAAUAGGACUAAUUACAGUUUUCUUUCAAGUACUAAUAACUCACUUUAGAAACGUAAGCCAAGUGUGUUACUAUAUACGUAUACUGAAUAGCAAACUGUUUAUUAAAAUUAUUGGCAUUUUUCAAUUCUCUUAAAUUCUGGAGAAAACUAUCACUUUAAUUAUUUACUUUUCUCAUCUCUCGGUAGUGACAGGGAAGACACAACAGUUUUCAAACUGUCUGUGUAGCUAUUCAGAACUGCAGAAUUUUAAAUUUGCAUGGGCCAUGACAGCCCCAACCAAGUUAAGCUAAUAAAUAAAUAUUUGAGGUAAAAUUGCUUUACUCUUAACAGUUUACUGAGUUUACUUGAAGUUGGCUAAAUCACACUCUCUAUGUAUACAUUUCUACCUCUACAUAUGUUGAAUGCUGAUAAGAAGAACUAGUAUAGAAUUAUGUAUGUGGAUAAUCAAUAUUACCAAAAAAUGCAAAAAUAGUUCUAAAUAUUUUUCCAGAUGUUUCCUAUGUUAAGUUUUA